AUGGGGUUGAGCGAGGGGAGCGCUGCUUUCUGCCGUGGUCCAGGGGUUUCCACCGUGCCAGCCCAGUGCGUGGGAGUUCUUGUGCUUCUGCUGCUGGGAAUCUGGGACACUCGUGCACAAAGUGAAUUUCAAACUUCAUCGGUGUAUUUGUGGAAGACCGGUCCGUGGGGGAGAUGCAUGGGAGAUGAAUGCGGUCCAGGUGGCAUCCAGACGCGAGCGGUGUGGUGCGCCCACGUGGAGGGCUGGACGACACUGCCCACGAACUGCAAGCAGCCAGAGCGGCCGGACAACCAGCAGAGCUGUUUUCGGGUCUGUGACUGGCACAAGGAGCUGUAUGACUGGCAGAUCGGCAGCUGGAACCAGUGCCGGCCUGUCCUCUCCCGAAGCCACGAGAAGCCCCUGGAGUGCCUCAGAGGGGAGGAAGGGAUCCAGACGAGGGACAUCACCUGUAUCCAGAAGUCCAAUGGGGUGCCAGCUGAGGAUGUCAUCUGUGAGUACUUUGAGCCAAAGCCCCGCCAGGAGCAGGCAUGCCUCAUCCCGUGCCGGCAGGACUGUAUUGUGGCCGAAUUCGCCCCCUGGUCGGAGUGCUCCAAGACCUGUGGCAACGGGCUUCAGCAUCGAACUCGGCACGUUGUGGCUCCACCGCAGUUCGGUGGGUCUGCUUGUCCUAACCUCACCGAGUUUCAGAUCUGUCAGUCUAGCCCAUGCGCUGCUGAAGAAAGCCUGUAUAGCCUAAAUGUGGGACCCUGGAGCGCGUGCUCAGUGCCCCAUUCGAGACAAAUAAGGCAAGCAAGGAAACGAGGGAAGAACAAAGACAAGGAAAAGGACAGAGAAAAGGCAGUUCGGGAUCCUGAGGCUCGUGAGUUAAUUAAGAAGAAGAGGAAUCGAAACAGACAGAAUAGACAGGAGAACAAGUAUUGGGACAUACAAAUUGGGUACCAAACCAGGCAGGUCACAUGUACUCACAGAAAUGGAAAAACUGCUGCUCUGAGCUUCUGCAAACAAGACAAGUUGCCCAUUACGUUCCAGUCCUGUGUGAUCACGAAGGAGUGCCAGGUGUCAGAGUGGUCAGAAUGGACCCCCUGCUCCAAAACCUGCUUUGACAUGACAACCCCUAAAGGGAAUCGUACAAGAUCACGGACCAUUAAACAGCUCCCUAUCGGCAGUGAAAGUGAAUGCCCGCAGUUAGAAGAAACAGAGCAGUGUGUUUCUCAAGGAGAUGGUGUGGCACCGUGCAUUACGUACGGUUGGCGGACCACAGAGUGGACAGAAUGCCGUGUAGAUCCUCUCCUUAGCCAACAGGACAAGAGGCGAGGAAAUCAGACAGCGCUGUGCGGCGGUGGCAUUCAAACCCGGGAAAUGUACUGCGUGCAAGCUAAUGAAAAUCUCCUCUCUUAUUUAAAUACCCUCAAGGAAAAAGAAGCCUCGAGGCCAGUGGACCGUAGGCUGUGCAUGGGACCUCUUCCCAGCACCUCCCAGCUGUGCCAUAUCCCCUGUCCUACAGAGUGUGAGACCUCGGCGUGGUCAGCCUGGGGACCAUGCACCUAUGAAAGCUGUGAUGACCCUCAGGCCAAGAAGGGCUUUAAACUAAGGAAACGGCGCAUCACCAAUGAGCCUACGGGAGGAACAGGAAACUGCCCUCACCUGCUGGAAGCCAUCCCGUGUGAAGAGCCCUCCUGCUAUGACUGGAGAAUCAUGGGGCUGGAGGAGUGCAUUCCUGACAAUGAGAAGCCAUGUGGCCCUGGUACACAGGUUCCUGUCGUCGUCUGUGUCAACAGUGAUGGAGAAGAGGUUGACAGACAGCUGUGUAGAGAUGCUAUCUACCCAAUCCCGGUUGUCUGCGAAGCUCCAUGCCCAAAGGACUGUGUGCUCAGCAUGUGGUCCGCAUGGUCCUCCUGCUCACACACCUGCUCCGGCAAAACCACAGAAGGGAAGCAGAUGCGUGCCCGCUCCAUUCUGGCGUAUGCAGGUGAAGGAGGAAUACAGUGCCCAAAUAGUAGUGCCCUACAGGAAACGCGCAGCUGUAACGAACACUCUUGCACUGUGUAUCAUUGGCAGACCGGCCCGUGGGGACAGUGCAUAGAGGAUACGUCUGUCUCUGCUUUCAACUCCUCUGCCAGCUGGAAUGGGGAGGCCACCUGUUCCGUGGGGAUGCAGACAAGAAAAGUCAUCUGCGUGAGAGUCAAUGUGGGACAAGUGGGCCCAAAAAAAUGCCCUGAGAGCCUCCGACCAGAAACAGUGAGGCCUUGUCUGCUUCCCUGUAGGAAGGACUGUAUUGUGACUCCAUUCAGUGACUGGACAUUGUGUCCUUCUUCAUGUCAAGAAGGGGGUGUCACAGUAAAGAAGCAGUCCCGUCACCGAGUCAUCAUCCAGCUCCCUGCCAACGGUGGUCGUGAGUGCCCAGACUCCUUGUUUGAAGAAAAGGAGUGUGAAGUUUCUCCUGUCUGCUAUAGCUACAGGUGGAAGACCCACAAGUGGCGCAGGUGCCAGCUAGUACCAUGGUAUGUGCGCCAAGACAGUCCAGGAGCACAUGAGACUUGUGGACCUGGGCUACAAGCAAGAGCAAUUACUUGUCGCAGACAAGAUGGAGGACAGGCUGACAUCAGUGAGUGCCUUAAAUACUCUGGCCCAUUGCCAUCCUUAACACAGACGUGCCAGAUUCCCUGCCAAGAUGACUGUCAGUUUACAAACUGGUCAAAGUUUUCUUCCUGUAAUGGGGACUGUGGAGGAGUCAGGACAAGAAAACGCACUCUUGUCGGAAAAAGUAAGAAAAGGGAUAAAUGCAAAAAUUCUCAGUUGUAUCCUCUGAUUGAGAAUCAGUUUUGUCCGUGUGACAAGUACAGUGCUCAGCCUGUGGGAAAUUGGUCAGACUGUAUUUUACCAGAGGGUAAGCUGGAAGUAUUGCUGGGAAUGAAGGUACAAGGAGACAUUAAGGAAUGUGGACAAGGCUAUCGUUACCAGGCCAUGGCAUGCUAUGACCAAAACAAUCGUCUUGUGGAAACAUCACGAUGCAACAGUCACGGUUAUAUUGAGGAAGCCUGUAUCAUUCCAUGUCCCUCAGACUGCAAGCUCAGUGAGUGGUCCAACUGGUCUCGCUGUAGUAAAUCUUGUGGGAGUGGGGUAAAAGUUCGGUCUAAAUGGCUCCGCGAAAAACCCUACAAUGGUGGAAGACCCUGUCCAAAGCUAGACCAUGUCAAUCAGGCUCAGGUAUAUGAGGUAGUCCCCUGCCACAGUGACUGCAGCCAGUAUGUAUGGGUUACUGAGCCCUGGAGUGUCUGCAAGGUGACCAAUGUGGACUUAAAAGAGAACUGUGGAGAAGGUGUUCAAACGAGGAAAGUCAGGUGCAUGCUAAACACUGUGGAUGGUCCUUCUGACACUGUAGAGGACUAUCUGUGUGAUCCUGAAGAGAUGCCACUUGGUGCUAGAAAAUGCACGUUACCAUGUCCUGAGGACUGUGUUAUGUCUGAAUGGGGAUCGUGGUCUCGAUGUUCUUUGCCAUGCAAUGGAAGUAGUGUCCGUGAAAGGUCAGCUGAAUCCCUGAGACAACCAGAUGAUGGAAAGUCUUGUCCUGCUGCCACCGAGACAGAAGUUUGCACUUUGAACAAAAACUGCUACCACUAUGACUACAACGUGACAGACUGGAGCACAUGUCAGCUCAGCGAGAAGGCUGUCUGUGGUAAUGGUAUCAAAACACGGAUGCUCGAUUGUGUUCGCAGUGAUGGCAAAUCGGUUGACCUGAAGUACUGUGAAGAGCUUGGUUUGGAGAAGACAUGGCAAAUGAAUAUGUCCUGUGUGGUGGAAUGUCCUGUGAACUGCCAGCUCUCUGACUGGUCCCCUUGGUCUGAGUGCUCUCAAACAUGUGGCCUUACAGGAAAAAUGAUCAGAAGAAGGACCAUAAAUCAGCCAUUUCAGGGUGACGGGAGGCCUUGCCCUUCUCAGAUGGAGCAAUUCAAACCCUGUCCAGUAAAACCUUGUUAUCGAUGGCAAUACAGUCAAUGGUCUGCAUGCAAAGUAGAGGAUGCUCAAUGUGGAGAAGGAACACGAGUGAGGAACAUUUCCUGUGUGGUUUUUGAUGGAUCCAUUGAAGACGUUGGCAAAGUAGUAGAUGAAGAAUUCUGUGGAGAAAUAGAGCCUAUUAUAGAUGGUAAUAAGAAGAUGAUACUUGAGGAAACCUGCACUGUCCCUUGUCCAGGGGACUGUUACUUGAGAGAGUGGUCAGAAUGGAGCCUUUGUCAGCUAACCUGUGUUAAUGGUGAGGAUCUCGGCUUUGGAGGGAUACAAGUCCGAUCUCGGGCAGUGAUCAUUCAGGAAUUAGAGAAUCAACAUCUCUGUCCAGAACAGGCUUUGGAAACAAGACCAUGCAAUGAUGGCCAAUGCUAUGAAUACAAGUGGAUGGCUAGCCCAUGGAAGGGAUCUUCUCGAACCGUGUGGUGCCAAAGGUCAGAUGGUUUAAACGUCACAGGGGGCUGUUUAGUGAUGCGCCAACCAGAUGCUGACAGGUCAUGUAACCCACCGUGCAGUCAACCCCACGCUUACUGCAGUGAGACUAGAACGUGCAGUUGUGAAGAAGGAUACACUGAAGUUAUGUCCUCCGAUGGCACACUUGAACAGUGUACUCUCAUCCCAGUGGUGGUGAUCCCCACCAUGGAGGACAAAAAGGGAGAUGUGAAAACCAGUCGAGCUGUGAACCCUACCCAGCCCUCCAGUAACCAGUCAGGACGAGGAAGGACCUGGUUUCUACAGCCUUUUGGGCCAGAUGGGAGGCUGAAGACCUGGGUUUAUGGUGUAGCUGCUGGUGCAUUUGUUUUACUCAUCUUUAUUGUUUCUAUGAUCUAUCUAGCCUGCAAAAAGCCAAAGAAGCCCCAGAGAAGGCAGAACAACCGACUGAAACCUUUAACCUUGGCUUAUGAUGGAGAUGCAGAUAUGUAA